AACACAGAGACCCGAACAGCGCCUGCCCUCCGGGGUUCCAGUCUAGUGGGAGACCACGUGAGCGGGCCGGGGGAGGCUUCCGGUCCCCACGGGAUCCGCCCCGAGGCUCCAAGGACUGGCGGGUUUGGGGCUUCCAGACGGCCUGCUCCGGCAGCGCGGCGGGAGAGCCCCGGGGGUUCCGCUAUCGGGAGACACAGGCCCAUUGGAGGGAGAGACAAACUGAGGCUCGGAGCGGCCCCUAGGGGGCAGCACGCACAAAGCGCUUCGCGAACGCCCAAGGACGUCACGUCCCGCGACCCUCGAAAACACCCCGGGAAGACUGGCCCCGGGAAGACUGGCGGAGCAACCGAGGCGGGCCCACGAGCUUGGGUGCGGCCGUGCCGGAGCCGGGAUUGCAUCCACCGUCUGCCUCCGGGUUCGGAGCUGGAGAGGGCAGCCUGCCCGGCCCCUCGCUUUGCAAAUGGGGAGGUCGAGGCCCGACCGAGGAAGGCGAGGCUCCCCGGGCCUUCUCUCCAGGCAGGGCCUUCUCUCCGGGGCUCCGCGACCUCCCUCCGCCCGGCCUCGGUCCGCUCUCCUCACCCGAACUACAGCCGCCGCCGCCGCCAUUUCCGCUCAGGCCUGGCCGGAAGCGCUUCUGCCCACCACAUCCGGGUUCCUCGCGCCGGCCCCGACGCACCCGCGGAGCCUCGGACCGGAGAGGCAGCACCGCCACCUUCCUUCCUCGCGGCGCCCCCGGGGUCUCCGAGCCAUGUCGGAGGGAGUGGACCUCAUUGAUAUCUACGCGGACGAGGAGUUCAACCAGGACCCAGAGUUCAGCAAUGCCGAUCAGAUCGACCUGUACGAUGACGUGCUGGCCGCCAGCUCGCAGCCUUCCGACGACCGAAGUAGCAGUGCCGAGCCACCGCCUCCCAUCCGACAGGAGCAGUCUCCCAAGCCCAACAGCAAGUCGCCGGCGAUCCUGUACACAUACAGUGGACUGCGGAAUAAGCGAGCCGCGGUCUACGUGGGCAGCUUCUCCUGGUGGACAACAGACCAACAGCUGAUCCAAAUCAUCCGUUCUGUGGGCGUCUAUGAUGUUGUGGAGUUAAAAUUUGCAGAGAAUCGAGCCAAUGGCCAGUCCAAAGGGUAUGCUGAGGUGGUGGUGGCCUCUGAGAACUCUGUCCACAAACUGCUGGAGCUUCUGCCAGGCAAGAUUCUCAAUGGGGAAAAGGUGGACGUGAGGCUGGCCACCCGGCAGAACCUGUCGCAGUUUGAGGCGCAGGCUCGGAAACGUGAGUGCGUCCGAGUCCCAAGAGGGGGAGUUCCGCCGCGGGCCCACUCCCGAGAUUCUAGUGAUUCUGCUGACGGACGGGCCACACCCACCGAGAACCUUGUGCCCCCACCCCCUCGAGUGGACAAGCCCCCCAGCGUGCUGCCCUACUUCAGCCGCCCUCCCUCAGCUCUUCCCCUGAUGGGUCUGCCCCCACCACCCAUCCCGCCCCCGCCACCUCUUUCCUCAGGCUUUGGGGUCCCUCCUCCGCCUCCUGGUAUCCAUUACCAGCAUCUCAUGCCCCCGCCUCCCCGACUGCCUCCCCACCUGGCUGUGCCUCCCCCGGGGGCCAUUCCACCUGCCCUGCACCUCAAUCCCGCCUUCUUCCCCCCACCAAAUGCUGCAGUGGGGCCUCCGCCAGAUGCUUACAUCAAGGCCUCUGCACCCUAUAACCACCAUGGCAGAUCUAAGUGCCACGGGCGGUCAGGGAUGGUGUUGUCUCCGUGCAGCCGAGAACUGGGCCCCCCGCCCCCGACAGUGUGCGAAGCCGAGUUCGAGGAGAUCAUGAAUCGGAACAGAGCAAUCUCUAGCAGUGCCAUUUCCAAAGCCGUCUCUGGGGCCAGUGCAGGGGAUUAUAGUGACGCUAUUGAGACGCUCCUCACAGCCAUUGCUGUCAUCAAACAAUCCCGGGUCGCCAACGACGAACGUUGCCGUGUGCUCAUCUCCUCCCUAAAGGACUGUCUUCAUGGCAUCGAAGCCAAGUCCUACAGUGUGGGUGCCAGCGGGAGCUCUUCCAGGAAAAGACACCGGUCCCGUGAGCGAUCACCUAGCCGGUCCCGUGAGAGCAGCCGGAGGCACCGGGACCUGCUCCACAAUGAGGAUAGGCACGAGGAUUAUUUCCAAGAAAGGAAUCGGGAACAUGAGAGACACCGGGACAGAGAGCGGGACCGGCACCACUGAGAAAGAAGUCGGGGCUGGCUUCCCCACCUUUGGUGUGCAGAACAAGGAGACAUUUUGAAUGACGCCUGGGUGCCAGUUUGCUUGGCCUCCAUCCUGACGGAUUUGUGUGCGUUCCCUGGUGCCGUCUUCCCCCACGCUGGCGGGGGCAGCGCGUCCUUUGGAGCUGGCUCCUGUCUGUAAGAGGAGACCGUAAUUCUUACUGUGAUGAGGGUCUGCUGUGCAUUGGUAGAGUUAAGAGCUUGGAGGUCACCUGAGCCAGCCAGGAAGUUCUUGUUCAAUCACAUGGCUAAUACAUAGCAGAGCUGGGAUUUGAACCCAAGUGCGCUGUGCCGUGUUGCUUCUUGAUUGAGGGAAUAAUAGAAGAUCUGGCAAAUCGCAUCAUUAGAACUACUAAAGCAACUCAUUGGACAAACAAAUUAAGUCUCUGCUCUGUGUGAAGCACUUGUAAAAGCCCCUUGGCCUUGGCAAAGAAUGAUUCACGUUGAACUGCUUCUACAAAGGUGAUUCGAUUAUUCUGUGCAGGAAACAGAAAUGAACAAUAUGGCUUCUUCAAUUUUUUUGGUAUUUAGUGUUACAAGAGUGAAUUGUCAUUUAAUGCUUCCAUUUAAAUAUCAUAGAUCUAUGGGGAGGUUUUCUGCCACCUUGGGCCCUCUUCAAGUGUGGGUCCUUUGUUAGUAACAGACUUUUCCCUUCGUAGCAGUUGAGGUGAAAUUCAGGAGCUAUUUGUUCUUUUUGGUUUUUAUGGUGGUCCCUUUUUCUGGUUGGUUCUCUGACCCUAGUGAAACAAAUUGUCCUCCCUCCUCAGAAUGAGCAGAGUUAAAACUCUAUAAUGCCCAGCUUUUAAAUAUUUAUCCCUCUCUGGUGCAGAGAUUCUUAAUUCUUGGUAGCUGCUCAUAGUGAGAAAGGCCUUGUGACGGCCAGUUCUGUGCUGUCGGACCAGGCUCAGCACCUUUUCUAAGCCCCGUGGCUGCCUGUCCUCAUCAGAAGAUGUGGCCUCAGUCUGAGGAGGUGAUACUGACUUUUCACUUUGGGGCCCCAUGUAUGGGACGCCUCUCCCAAGGAUCUUUGGUCUUUCCAGCCUCCACUGAAAACUCACUCCAAGAGAGUCAGCAGUUGGUUUAGAAUGAGGCUCCAUCUCAUUUCCUUUGAAACCAUCAAGUUCCUUUUCAAGUUUGGCAGGAAUACUCCAUAGGUGACAUUUUGUUUGCAUGUAUACUUUUUUCUGAUCACUUGAGGGUAAUCCAAGACUGUGGGUAGGGUGCGUUUCUGUUAUUUGGACACUUGGUACAUUAUUCAGGGCUACUCAAGAAUAAUCUUCAGACUCCUAGAGAUAAACUCCUCAUUUUCAUUGCCAUUCUGACCCUUUUGACUCAGGAAAAACAAUUUCUUAGACACCGUUAAUCCAAUCUGAAUGGGCCAAACUGAGUGAUUGGAUUCUUUGCCUUGUUUCAUUAUUACUUCACAUAACUGUUCCCACCUAUAAAAUGAACACGUGUUCUUUUGGCUGCUUUGCUAUUUUGGAGGGGAGGAUCCUUUAAAAUAGGAAAAGGGACAGUAGAUGUUAGUGGAAGGGUUCUGUAGUAUUUUCUGGCUUGUGGAUUCAUUAAAUAAUGUGGGACCAUCUAGUCACCUAGUCCAAACCCACAUUUCAGAGGAGGAGAUGGAACAAAAAGGCCCAGUGACUUGUAACAGUGGGAUUCAUGCUCAGAUUCCUGCGUUUGCUGUCAGAAACACUCACAGCACAAGCUGCACCCAGGUGGGCUGGGUGACCUUCUGGGGCUUCAGGUGCUCUGGAAGAGAGCGAGUGACUGGUCUAAGCUUGUAAGGUGCGGAUGCUUUAGUGGGGGAGAAGUCUGGCUCGGCCUGCCAUCCUUUCCCACCUCUCUGCUCUGACUUCCAGUCCAGGCCUCCUCUUUCCUUGGCGCGCCGCACAUGUAUUUGCUUUAUUUGACUUAAGAAGGGAAUAGAUUUCUGCACCCUCUUUUGUAAUAUAGCUGCUCGUCCCUUUAACAUUGGGGGGGCCUGAACACUGUAUUGAAUUCUUUCCCAUGAGACUAAUUAGCCUCUUCUGGGAUUACCUGCAGCUUCCCAGCAUUGACCAGAACUCUGCCUUUGAGUCUGAGCAGGUCGUGGGUGCCAGCCCCUGCUGUGGAAGACGCCCCCUCCCCAGGGAGCCAUCGCAGCCUGGCCCAAAAUGGAGCGCGGGGGCAUGGGGGCUGCUGUUUGACUUUGAAACACAGCUUUAGUUCUGUUGUGCCCUUGUCCUCGCCCUGCCACUUUUUGAACCAUAAGUGGUGCUGUCGCUUGGGAGAGUUUUAUAAUCCUAACCGGUCUCUGGCCCUUGUUUUCCAGUCUGAUUUGGAAAUGCCUUUGGGCCUUUUCCUCCAAGGAUACUUUGUGUUUGCUCUCCCAAGCUGGUGGCCCCCCUGCUGUGAGCAGGGCAGGACUGUCCCCCAGGACUCCCUCGCUGGGUGCUGGCUGCCCUGGACUCCAGCAGAUGGAGCCGUUCUCUUUUCUUCUCCUUGAUAGCACCUGUGACAGUCAGCCUCUUGUUGUCUCCCUCCGCCACGGCUUGACCUUGCUGUCCGGGAGAGCCGGCAGUCACACGACCCUUUAAGAUGUCCACGAGAGCCGAUCUCAGUAGAGUCCUUCUGAGCCCUUGUCAUUGUUUGCUUCAGGAUAGUCCAACCAGGCCUUUUUCCUUUUUUUCUCUCUUUCGGUCAUACAAAAUUAUGUUCUCUCCUGCUUUCCGUAGCAUCCUUUGACCUCAUGGGCUUCCUGCUUUAGAAAAUGCUGGUGAUAAUCCAGAUAAUCCCCAGAUAAUCAAAUAUAAAUCUCUAACUUGUAUUUUCUCUCCCUCCCCCCUUCUGCUGUUCUCAUUGCAGGAGUCUGGUUGGAAGUAAAUGUUUUUUUUAAUGGACUUGCAUCUCCUCACCUCGAUCAGGACUAAAGGACGGAGGCCGCUCCACCCCUUUCCCCUCUCCCAAGCCCCCUAAUUCCCUCCAGACACCCAGGGAACACCUGAUGCCCCACCAGACCGAAGAGAGCUUGGCACCCUCCCCAGCCCUCCCCAGGUCCUGGCAUGACCCCUGCUUACCUAGGGAAAGGGCUAAAAGACUGGUUGGGGUUGGGAGGGGCAAGAGAAGAGAAAGGGAAGAAGGUAGACUGUAGCUGGGCCCAUGAUCCACAAAUGCUUGGACUCCAAAAGAACGGUGCUUUCUUUUUCUUGGGAACUUGUGAGGUUCGUAUUUUUCUGGGAGCAGCUUGAGGCAGGUGGGAAAGCCUCUCAGAAACCCACCAAAAGGGGUCCCCAUUUUGUGUCCACCUGGGCCUCCUCUCCCCUGCAGGGUGGUGCCUCCAACCCCAGAGCCCUCUCAGCCCUUUGGGGAGGACCUGCAGGAAGAAGCAUUUUCUGCCCUCAUUUGUUCUGCCUUCCUCUCUCCUUGACGGUUAUUCUCCUGAUCUCCCGGGGAAGGCGUGAGGCCUCCAGCACUCCCAGUUUCCUUGGUCCCAUUGGUCCCUUGGCAAACAAGAGACCUGUCAGGUGUCUGCACCCGCCUCUCCCUGCUUUGCUUGCUUGCUGCUCGUGAAUUAACAAGCUCUGACAGGCGCUCUUCCCCUGAGCCCUUGCCCCAAGAGGGCCGUUUCCUUGUUUUAAAGGAAGGCACUGCAACACAUCCCCACCUUGGCAGCGGCAAUCCCAGCCAGAGGCUACACGAGCUGGGGGGAGAGAGGGGCCUAAUCACUGACCACUUCUCAAAGCUUUUCCUUUCAAAAGAGCCAUGGAAGCAGGCGCCUGCCAUCAGGCUGCCGACCGGGGGAGCCGGCUUCCGGAAUCGGAAGCUGUCCCCGGGAUGUUUUGGCCUUUGGCCUCCCCCUCGCCCCUCCAGGAAGUCCACGAAAGAGCCAGAGCCGAGCUUGCAGCCACCGGGUUCCCUGGGGGUGAUGGUCCCAGAGAAUCCCACCCAUGGCAACUAGGCUUCUCCACACUGGUGGUUCCAGGGCUACCUCCACAUCCCCCACAGGGCACCCCGCACUUAGUCCGGGCCUUCUCAGGCAGAGGGCACGGGAGAGCCGCGGCCUCUCACACUUCGGUCAGCACGGAGCCAGUUCCCCAGGGUCAGAGAGACAUUCCCUUGGGACAGAGGGAAGGGGUGGUGGCUCCCUCCCCUCAUCCCCCUGUCCCAUCCCCACUUCCUCCAAGGAGCCGGGCUUCCCCAGUCUCGAGUGUUCAGUGGCGCUCUUCUCCAGAGAGCAGCUCCCGAUGUCUUUUUAAAAUGUAGAGAAAACCAAAUGAGGUGACUGUUGUUCGAGGAAGAAACCGUAAAAUACCAGAAAUCCGUUUGCCCGGAGAGUUUGUGUUUUUUUUUUUUUUUUUACUUAAUGACACAAUUUUUAGUUUUAUUUCCAGAUAGCAAAAGAAAAAUACCUGAGGGAAAAAAAGGCCAAGGCCCCGUCCCCCUGUUGUCGGUGAUUCGAUUUGUUUGUCUCUUUCUGAUAGGUUGGAAAUUGUGUAAUAAACUUGAUGACGCUGUCAAUCUUUUAUACUG